AAUCACCCAAACAGCCCAGUAGCCAAAAGCUCCAGCCUUCCUACACCGAGAGCACCCAAAGUGCAGGCGCAAGUUUGAUCAACCCCCGCAUUCCCUCCCUCUUCUUUCGUCCCCGUCGAACCGUCUCCCACCGCGCGAUGGCGCCGACCGCAAGCCCUAGCCCAGGCCCGGUGGUCACCGCACCGGUCCACCAAGCUCGCGUGCGGGUGCUCCACCCGGGGCAGGGCCUGCCCCCUGCUGGCGCGAAGCCUGGCCCGGUGGUCUACUGGAUGCUGCGAGACCAGCGGCUAGCCGACAACUGGGCGCUCCUCCACGCGGCGAGCCUCGCCGCCGCUUCCGCGGCGCCGCUCGCCGUCGCGUUCUCCCUGUUCCCGAAGCCGUUCCUCCUCUCCGCGCGCCGCCGGCAACUCGGAUUCCUCCUCCGUGGCCUCCGCCGGCUCGCCGCCGACGCUGCCACCCGCCGCAUCCCCUUCUUCCUCCUUACCGGUGGGCCCACUGAGAUACCAGCGCUGGUGUGGCGGCUCGGGGCGUCGGCGCUGGUCGCCGACUUCUCACCGCUCCGGCCGGUUCGCGAGGCGCUGGACGCAGUGGUCGGCACGCUGGGGCGGGAUGCUGCCAGUGUGGCUGUUCACCAGGUAGACGCGCACAACGUGGUGCCGGUAUGGGCGGCAUCGGGGAAGCUGGAGUACUCUGCCAAGACCUUCAGAAGCAAGAUGAACAAGGUCUUGGACGAGUACCUGGUCGAGUUCCCCGAGUUAGCACAGGUGGUGCCAUGGGACAGGGAGCAGCCAAAGGACAUUGAUUGGGAUAUGCUGAUUGACACGGUUUGCAGCCAGGCAGAGGACGUGCCUGAGAUUGACUGGUGUGAGCCGGGCGAGGCGGCGGCAAUGGAGGCACUUCUGGGUACCAAGGAUGGGUUCCUAACGAAAAGGAUUAAGAGCUAUGAUUCGGACCGGAAUUAUCCCACAAAGCCAACGGCAUUGUCUGGCCUCUCUCCCUACCUGCAUUUUGGGCAUAUUUCAGCACAAAGAUGUGCUCUCGAGGCAAAAAAGCGUCGCCAUCUUAGUCCCAAGUCAGUGGAUGCUUUCUUGGAGGAGCUGAUAAUAAGGAGGGAGCUAGCCGACAAUUUCUGCUACUAUCAGCCUCACUAUGAUUCGGUAGCAGGUGCUUGGGAGUGGGCGAGGAAGACACUGAAGGAUCAUGCUGCCGACAAAAGAGAACACAUUUACACGAGGGAGCAGCUUGAGAAUGCAAAAACAGCUGAUCCUCUCUGGAAUGCAUCACAGUUGGAGAUGGUCCACCAUGGAAAAAUGCAUGGAUUCAUGCGAAUGUAUUGGGCCAAAAAAAUUCUAGAAUGGACCAGUGGACCUGAAGAAGCACUUUCAAUAGCAAUAUAUUUGAAUGACAAGUAUCACAUAGACGGCAGGGACCCCAAUGGCUAUGUUGGUUGCAUGUGGUCUAUAUGUGGCCUCCAUGAUCAGGGUUGGAAGGAGCGUCCGGUAUUUGGAAAGAUACGUUACAUGAAUUAUGCUGGUUGCAAGAGAAAAUUAGACGUUGAUGCCUACAUUUCUUACGUCAAAAGAUUGGUUGCUCAACGCAAGAAAAGGAAAUUGGAGGAAUCUCUGAAUUCAGCAGCCAAGUACUCAAAGUCUGAGGACUAGUCCAACUACUAACUGUACUUCCGCAUUGAUUUUGAUUCUGGUCUAUAGUGGUAAUUGGCAGUUAAUGACUAACUUAAAUAUUGUAAUUAAUUGUUUGUUCAUUUUAACUUGUGGGUCACAUAGGCAUUUGAUCACCUAACACUCCAACAAUAAGAAUGUAGAGGCAUGCUCUUUCGCUCCAUGAUGCACUUUUGAGAAA